AUGCAUCUCUCUGUGCAACAUAAGUGUGAUUACACACCGCGAAACUUGUACUAUAAGAAAGAUAUCGCUUAUGUAACCAAACACAGCAAGUGGAUCCUGCAAUCCAUUGGCAUUUGGCCAGCAGUAGUAGGAGAUGUUACAAAAUUUCUACCAAAAAUCACAAUUGCACUCAGUAAUUUUGUAUUACUCUUCGCCAUUAUUCCAUGCACUCUGCAUAUCAUAUUCGAAGAAAAAGAUGCUAUAAUGAAAUUAAAAUUAUCCGGUUUACUCAGUUUCUGUUGCAUUUCGUUGAUGAAAUACUGGGCGCUCACCCUUCGCAAACCGAGGAUCAAAGGCUGCAUCGAACAGAUGUGGAUUGACUGGGAACAGGUGGAACUACAUAAGGAUCGCGAAAUAAUGUUAAAAUACGGGCGAAUGGGUCGAAAUCUGACGAUAAUCUGCGCCGUAUUCAUGUACACCGGUGGAACAAUCUAUCACUCGAUUUUACAGUACGCGAUCGGCACUUUUGUCGAUGAACAUAAUCGUACAAUCAAACCUCUGGUAUAUCCUACAUAUAGCGCAUUGUACGACGUUCAGAGUAGCCCCAUUUAUGAUCUAGUGUACGUUAUUCACUGCAUGUGUGGAUACGUGAUGUAUUCCAUAACUGCCGGUGCUUGUGGAUUAGCCGCUCUUUUCGCAACACACACCUGUGGACAAAUCGACAUCAUUAUAUCUCGAUUGAAUGAUCUUGUUCGUGACGAAUAUAUGAAAGAAACGCUUAAUUUAAAUGCGCGAUUGAUAGAAAUUGUUGAACGUCAUUUGCGAGUUUUAAGAUUUUCGGCAGCAGUAGAAAUGGUGCUACAAGAAGUAUGCUUCCUAGAAUUUAUUGGAUCCACCUGUAUAAUAUGUCUACUCGAAUAUUAUUGUAUAACGGAUUGGGAACAGAGUAAUACCAUCAGUCUUACAACAUAUACAAUGUUACUAAUAUCUCUGACAUUUAACAUAUUUAUAUUGUGCUAUAUUGGUGAACUCCUAAUAGAAAAGAGCAGUAGUGUUGGAUUGUCUUGUUUCAUGAUCGACUGGUUUCGUUUACCGACUAAGACAAUACACGGUCUUAUUUUAAUCAUUGCUAUGUCGAAUAAUCCGGUUAAAAUUAGCGCAGGCAGGAUAACUGAUUUAUCUUUAUCAACUUUUGGAAGUGUUCUCAAAUCGUCACUGGCGUAUUUAAAUUUCCUCCGGACUACUGUUAUGUAAUAAUUUAUUAAUUUUUAUGUACUUUUAUAGUAUUUCUAGUAGAGAAAAUAAAAAAAUAAGACAUAGCAAUAUUUUUUAUUAUCUUAAUACAAUUUAUGACAUAGUGUUACCCAGAUGGUACUAUGUGGUCGUUCAUUAUCAGCAGAAUUAUCAGCUUCUUA